AAUGCAUUUGCCUGCUGGUCCCACCAUGGUUGCUGCCCCCGCCCAGGCUUUGCCUUCGAACAACAACACCGCUAAUAACAAUCGCGCCAACAGUGCCAGUUCCACUGGUUCCUCCACACCCGACAACACCUCGAAUGCCGCCAAAAUGCCCAGCUCAAUGACCGACAUGUUCGCCAGCCUCCACGAAAUGUUGCAGGAAUAUCACGGUGAAUUGGCCCAAACCGGCUCACCAUCGAUCCUCUGCAGCGCCUUGCCCAAUCAUUGGCGUUCCAACAAAUCAUUGCCCGGUGCCUUCAAGGUCAUCGCCUUGGACGAUGUGCCCGAUGGUACCUUGGUCACCAUCAAGUGCGGCAACGAUGAGAACUACUGCGGCGAGUUGAGAAACGCCACCGCCAUCAUGAAGAAUCAAGUUGCCAAAUUCAAUGACUUGAGAUUUGUUGGCCGUUCAGGACGUGGCAAAUCGUUCAGCCUGACCAUCACCAUUGCCACCUAUCCCGUGCAGAUUGCCUCAUACACCAAAGCCAUUAAGGUUACCGUUGAUGGACCUCGGGAGCCAAGAAGUAAGCAAAGCUACGGAUACCCUCAUCCUGGCGCUUUCAAUCCAUUCAUGCUGAACCCAGCAUGGUUGGAUGCCGCCUACAUGACCUACGGCUAUGCUGAUUACUUCCGCCAUCAAGCAGCCGCCGCUGCUGUCCAUCAUCCCGCCUUGGCCAAGACCUCACCAUCUUUGCCCAAUGGCCAGACUGUGGUGCCACCACCACAGGCCGCCGCCGGUUCUCCCACUGAAUACCGUCUGCCCAGCCAAAUCACCCCACCUCCAUCUGGUGUCAAUGCCAUUCCCGCCACCAGCAUGAUUCCAUCACCACCCGGAUCCACCUAUAGUAUGCCUCAAUUCCCCUUCAAUCCCGUUGCUGCUGCUGCCGCCGCCGCUGCUGCCCAAGCUCAUCCCGAUCUGAUGCAUGCCCAUCAGAAGCCAGCCCAUGCUCAUGCCUUCCAUCCCUACAACUUGGCCGCUCUACGUGGUGGUCGUCCAUCCCACUUGCACAACACCUCAUUGGGAUCGCACUCGUCCACCGAGCACAUCAGUCCCGCUCACAUUAGCCCUGCUUCAUCCCGGCCAUCAUCCUCCUCGCCGACCCAUCAAGCCUUGCACCAAAAGCUGAACACCUCCGUGGAAAGCAACUCCAUGCAUGAACAAUCUGCCUCCGAUGCCGAUUCGGAUGAUGAACAAAUCGAUGUUGUCAAAUCCGCCUUUGUGCCCAUUCUCCGUCCUCAGGUGCCCAGCCUAAAUGGCUCCACUGAAGAUUUGGAUAAAUCCUUGGAUUCCGCCCGCUCCUCACCCGUACAACCCAUGAAUCGUCAACGCUGCGACUUGAAAGCCCCCUCCGCCAUGAAACCCUACUACCACGAAUCCUCAUCGCAACACUCUCGCCAAUCCACCUCUCCCGAAACCACUUUGCCUGCUGCCACCAAGCUGAAGAAUGCCUCCAGCCAACAGAAAACCGUCUGGCGCCCAUACUGAGAAGUUACGAUGGCGAAAGAAAUCGUCAUUGCUAUUCAUUUGCUACGUCUUGCCAAGGAAUUGGCAUGGAAGCGUAUUCUAAUGGCCAGUGAAAGCGGCGGCAUUUGAGAUGUCUGUCUGCCA